AUGAAGCUGCUGCACGAUACUAACAGCGAGGUCCAAGGCAUGGCUAUGAAGUGCCUUGGCCCGCUCGCCCGUUUUGUCGAAGUAGUGUACGCCACCUACCUAGUCGAUAAGCUUUUGGAAUACAUCGUCGACAGUUCUGCUUCGAAAGCCAAGGCCGGCUCUCCGGAAAACCUCAGCGUCAAAGCGAUGCGCGAUGUGUCCUCGCUCGGGCUCAAGGCUAUCCUAGCAGAGCUCCCACCGGAUUCGGUAAAGGCCGCCGCCGUAACGAAGUGUAUGGCCCCGAAGCUCAUCCGCACUAUUCGCGUCACAAAGGCAGUGGGCGAUGCUGUUGAUCUACUCAUUGAGACCUUUGAACUCAUGAAUGAUAUGCUCAACCGUGUGGGAAGCCAUAUGACAGAUCUAUACCCAGAGAUUAGCGACGCCAUUUUUAGACAGCUUCCUUCUUCCAGUGCCCUCAUUACGAAGAGGGCUGUGCUGUGUAUUGGGGCAUUAGGUUCUUCGUGUGAGAACUCGCUCUUUAUUGCCAUGGUCGAGCGAGCGCUUGCAGAUUUGCGCUCCAACGAUUCGCGUACCGAUACUAUCAAGACGGGCGUGCAAAUCAUCUGGGCACUCUCGAAGACGUCUGGACAUAGACUUGCAGUCCACGUCGAAGCCCUUGCUCCAAUUCUGUUUGAAUACUGUACAUCGGAGAACUAUGCCGAUGAUGAGGAACUACGAGAACAUUGCCUUCAGGCCCUAGCUUCAUUCUGCUUGCGUUGCAAGCGUGAGAUGAUGGGAUUCGGAAAGACAUUGGCUGAGUGUGUAAUAAAUUCCGCAAGGUACGACCCCAACUAUGCCGGAGGUGAGGAGGAGGAGGAGCAAGAAGAGGAUGACGAGACGGGGAUGGGAGAUGACGACGACAUGGACAACGAGUACGAUGACGAGGAAGACUACUCUGAUGAUGACGACAACAGCUGGAAAGUGCGACGAGCAGCGAUUCGAUGCUUACACGCAGCCUUAAGCGUGGAGUUGAUGCCGCGUGAAUACCUAUUCCGGGACUUUGGUCCCUUCCUAAUCACCCGUUUCAAAGAACGAGAGGAGCCGGUGAAGCUAGAUGUCUUUGCGGCGUUUUCAGAAUUGUUGCGGCUGAGCGGGAGCCAAUCCCACCAGCACCUCUUCCAUUCAGGUGCUAUGCAUUUGGAGAUUGACAUCGGCGACGCCAUGGCCGUUGACGCCGAUGAGGGAGUUAGUGAUGAGAUGCGUCCUAUUGUAAGCCGCGGACCUCAAAUCAUGCGGACCCUGAAAAAGGAGCUUAGCUCUCGCUCUUUGAAGACCCGUAUCAAAACUAUGGCACUACUGCGUGACUGUGUUAGCACAAUGCCGUCUGUCAUGACACCACUGAUCGGUAAGAUAAUUUCCGAGAUAGAACAGGGUAUGUCAGAUUCAGCUACGGCAAUGAAGACGGAGUCGCUGCUUCUCCUUCGCGGAAUGGUCCAUAGCGGCGGUGCAAAUGGUAUCAGUGGUCACCUUCAAACAUUGAUUCCGCGAAUCCUUGCAGCAACUGAUGACCGGUACUAUAAGGUUACUGCCGAGUGCUUGCGUCUCUGCGGGGAUUUGCUGAUAUCUUUUGGAAGGGCCUCUUCUGAGUUUAGGUCUCUGCUUGCACCUUUCGCUUCGAGAAUGCAUGACGCUGCCCUUGGAAGGGUCACUGCACAAGAUCAAGAUUCAGAAGUUAAGGAAGCUGCUCUACGGUGUCUUGGUGCCUCAGUGUCCUUUUUCGGUUCUGAGUUGGGGCCGCAACGCGUUACAAGCAUUGCGAAUGUACUGUGCGAUCGGCUUGCGAGUGAAGUGACCAGGCUGCCCACAGUGCGUGCUUUGUACGCGAUCGCGACGUCCGAGUCUGCGAAAGUACUCCUGCCCGUCAUGAGUGAUGUAACAAUGACUGUGGGAGGCUUUCUACGGAAAAACAAUCCAUCGCUUCGAGCAGCAUCUUUGGAUUUAUUGGCCACUGCGCCCUCGCUUCCACCAGAAGGUGAUUCAGCCUUGAUCGCAAACAUCAGCCAACUAGUGACGGACUCAGACUUGCGCCUGACAUGCAUGGCAUUGCAGCUUGCUAUUCGGCUUCUGAGGGCGCGGGGUGCGGAAGUAGCUGGAGAGAUGGCCAAGCAGAAUUCUAUUUACUCCCGAGGUCUUGGGUUGGUUGCUUCACCUUUACUCCAGGGGAAGUCCGUAGAUGCCCUGAUAUUAUUGUUCCGCACACUGGCAGAAAUUAAUCAAGAGCCUUUGACUACGGAAUCCAUGCUGACAGAUCUGAUGUCUCUGUCGAGUUCACUGGGGACAAGUGCAGUGACGGUGACAGGCCGUGCGUCUGCUCUGUACUGUGUAGCAAAAUGUCUUGUCGCAGUUUGUGACUCUGCAGACCCCAGCUCGAGGGCGAAAACUGCGGAGAAGAUUGUUGCGAACCUAGAAGUCCAGGAUCUGAACAUUCGUAUCUUUUCAGUCAUAUGCCUUGGCGAGUUCGGUCGAAGCUCCGUUACAGCCAAGAGCGAAGUAGAAAGGACAAAUCUACAAACUGCUAUCAUGGCAGCGUUGGAUGCCCCUGAAGCUGAGAUGCGGACUGCUGCAGCUAUUGCUCUUGGUGGAAUGACUGCCGCUGGUGGUGCUAGUGGGAUACCCUCCCUCCUGAACCUCAUCAGGCUUCGUCCGGAUCAACGAUAUUUGCUUCUCCUGUCGUUGAAAGAAGCGAUUUCAUAUUCGAACAGUGUGGACCUGGCCCCUGUUGUCUCGAUUUUGAUUCCAUUGUUGUUUGAAGAGCAGGUUGCAUCAACGAAUGCGAGCACUGCAGCCGUUAACUCAGAGGGCAGCCAGGGGGUGCGUGUAUCCGAGGAGAGCGUCCGAACUGCAACGGCAGAAUGCCUUGGGUUACUGAGUCGUGCUUCACCCGAAGAAGUUAUGAAAGCUCUAGUUGACGGAACGUCAUCAGAACGAGCAGAUAUUCGUGCGUCUGUUGCUUCUGCGGUUAAAUUUGCCGUGAGCUCAAGCCCAUCUCACCGACAGCCGUUGCUUUCUGCGCUCCGGUCAUCAGUUUCCGCUUUUAUUCAACUCAUUGGCGACCCUGACGUUCAAGUGGCAAAGAGUGCCUUGCAGGCUGUAAAUGCCAUAGCAAAGUCACAACCUUCGGUAUUGAUCCCGCAUCUCAGUGCUACGCAGCAAUUCAUAUUUGCUAGGCUAGUGAAAAACAAAAGUCUUGUGCGUGUUGUGGAUCUUGGUCCCUUCAAACACGAAGAAGAUUUUGGCUUGGACAUGCGCAAAUCAGCUUUCGACUGCAUGAGAACGUUUGUCAGCGGACCGCUCUGUGCAUCUCUGUCGCUUAACACUCUUGUUCAAAACAUUCUGGUUGGUCUAGGAGACCACGCAGAUGUACGGUCAAUAGCGCAACUUAUUCUAGCGACUGCCGCUGCCACGCCAGAUGCGCCCCAGCUGAAUGAUAUUAUGGACAACAUAGUUGCAGCAUUACAAGCAACUUUUAAUGAAAAGGUGAAACAGAAUGCUGUUCGCCAAGAAACGGAGAGGCAUGACGACUCCAUCAGAGGAGCUCUGCGGGCGAUAAGAAUGUUAGAAACGGUACCGGAAAUUGCGAUGAAUCGUCGCUUCCAGGCCUUCAUGACAAAUGUGGUGCGAACUAGUCGUUUUCUAGAAAAGUACGAAGCCAUAGGGCGUAGUGACGUUGAACAGAUGACAUUCGGGAACAUGUCCGGGGCGCAGCGUGGAGUGUCGGCUGAAUCUGACAUUGCAAUGACUGAUAGAUAA